AUGGCAAGGUCUCUUGAGCCGCUGGUUGUCGGCAAAGUGAUCGGAGAUGUACUUGAUCCGUUCAAUCCUUCGGCUGAAUUUACUGUGAGUUAUGGGAGCAAACGAGUUGCUAAUGGCUGUGACAUCAAGCCCUCUAGUGCUGCCCAAAAACCCCAUGUCCAACUUCUUGGUUCUGCUCUCUCCUCUGAUCUAUAUACUCUGCCUCUUAUUGGUAUUCACCGAUAUGCAUUUGCUCUCUUCAAGCAAAAAGGAGCAUUGAUGGGAAGUAGCAGAGCGGCAGAUGCCCGUGCCAAUUUCAACACACGCCAAUUUGCUGCUCAAAACGAACUUGGGCUUCCAGUUGCUGCUGUGUAUUUUAAUUCACAGAAGGAAUCUGCCGUUCGAAAAAACUAA